AUGCUGUCUCUGGUCUCCUCCUCUCAUGCCUCCUCCCUCCUCUCCUCCCUCUCCUCCCUCCUCUCCUCGGGGCUCCUCUGUGAUGUCACAGUGGAGGUGGAUCAGACCCGGUUCCUUGCUCACCGCUGCGUGUUGGCUGCAAGCAGCUCGUACUUCCACCACAAGCUGUGCGCCGGGCCCCCUCAGCACGCCACGCCCCCUUCGCAUGACACACCACCUCAGCCUGCCAUGUCCCUACAGCAGGCCACGCCCCCUAAGCAGCAGGCCACGCCCCCUCUACAGCAGGUCACACCCCCCAAGCAUCAGGCCACGCCCCCUAAGCAGCAGGCCCCUCAGCUCCCCCUGCUGACCCUGCCCAGUGGCCUGCGGUGUGACCUGUUCUCCACAGUCCUGACCUUCCUGUACUCCGGUCGCGUCUCUGUGGAGGAGCGGCACCUGGAGGAUCUCCUGCACACCGCAACGGAACUGCAGGUGCACAGCCUUGUGCGAGCGCUCAGCGAGGAGAAGAAGAAGAGGAGAGAGAGGGAGGAGAAAGUCAUGGAUCGGAAACGAGGACGGCCGCGGAAAAGAGACGUUUUAGCCACAAGAGAAAGGCUGGAGGAGGUGCCACAGAGGCUGGAGAAGGUGCCACAGAGGCUGGAGGAGGUGCCACAGAGGCUGGAGGAGGUGCCACAGAGGCUGGAGGAGGUGCCACAGAGGCUGGAGGAGGUGCCACAGAGGCUGGAGGAGGUGCCACAGAGGCUGGAGGAGGUGCCACAGAGACUGGAGGAGGUGCCACAGAGGCUGGAGGAGGUGCCACAGAGACUGGAGGAGGUGCAGUCUCAGAGGUUAAAGAAGGAGGUCGCCGCAGACGCAGAGUCAAACUGCCGCAAAGAUAUAAAUCCUUCAGUUUGGAGCCAGAGGAGGAAACAGAACCACAGAAGCUUCUCUCAGAGACACAGCCUGGUCGUCCACCAGAGGGCGCACACCGGAGAGAAACCUUUCGUGUGUUCAGUCUGUGACAAAGCUCUGGUCACCAAGACCUCUCUGCGGGAGCACAUGCAGCUGCACAGCGACCAAAAGUCGUUUGUGUGCGACCAGUGCGAGCGCCGCUUCAGUCAGAAACGACAGCUCAAGAGUCAUUACAGGAUCCACACAGAAAAGUCACUGCCUGAAUGUGCUCAGUGCAAACACAAGUUCCUGGACAAAGCACAACUCAAGAAACAUCUGAGGACGCACAGCGGAGAAAAACCGUUCACCUGCGAAAUCUGCGGCAAAUGUUUUAGCACCAAGACCACACUACAGACGCACAUCCACAUCCACAGGGGGGAAAAGCCGUACUCGUGUCCUGUUUGUUGGAGGUCGUUCUCUGAUCCCAGCGCUCGCCGUCGUCACGUCGCAUCUCACUCCGGGAAGAAACCUUUCAGCUGCUCCUCCUGCGGUCUCGCCUUCACGCGAUUGGACAACCUGAAGAUACACGCCAAGACGCACGCCAAGGAAGCCCCACCCCUUGCUGAGGCCACGGCCACCACCGAGACCACGCCCACACCGGCGCACGAGGAACUCACCCUGCAGCCGUUCAGCAGUGAUGACAUCCAGCUGGUGCCUGCCCACGCUCGGGCACCUGGCCAGCUUCACCAGUUUGACCAGUCUGACCAGUCUGACUAA